UUCUACCACUAGGGGGUGGCACCCUUUUCCCUUUGGUUUCCCACAUCCGCGUGCCCUCUUAUUAUACUUCCGCUGAAGCGCUUGAAUAGUCCUCUUCUACCAGCCCGAUUCAACAUGGGACGAGUCAGGACCAAGACGGUGAAAAAAGCCGCCCGGGUCAUCAUUGAGAAGUACUACACCCGGCUGGGAAAUGACUUCCACACCAACAAGAGGGUGUGUGAAGAGAUCGCUAUCAUCCCCAGCAAGAAGCUCCGCAACAAGAUCGCUGGGUAUGUGACCCAUCUGAUGAAGCGCAUCCAGAGGGGUCCCGUCAGAGGCAUCUCCAUCAAGCUGCAGGAGGAGGAGAGGGAGAGGAGGGACAACUACGUCCCAGAGGUUUCUGCUCUUGACCAGGAGAUCAUAGAGGUGGACCCUGACACCAAGGAGAUGCUCAAACUACUGGACUUCGGCAGUCUGUCCAACCUGCAGGUCACCCAGCCAACUGUCGGAAUGAACUUCAAGACACCCAGAGGAGUCUAGGCAUUUGUAAUAUAUCUCUUAAUAAAUACAAAAUGUACAAAAAAAAGCAAUGAGUCUCCGAGUGGUCUUGCUGUUUAGAACAAGUAGAUCCGUAUGAGUGAUUCUUAAUUGCGUAUGCUAGGUUGAUGGAAAUUUGAAUUGGAUAAGCACUUGGUCCUCAUGUCCUUGACUCAAUUGAACUGUAAUUUCAGGCUUUGUGCAAUAAAGUUUAGCUUCCCACAUUUUGUUACAUUACAGCCUUAUUCUAAA